AUGGUUAAGGCCUUGUGGAGUACCUUAAUCUGGUCCAUUUGGCAUGCACAUGGGCUCGUUUGGAUACCCCCAGACUCCCUGAAAACGGUCCACCAAACCGUCUGUGAAAUGGUUGAGGCCUCAUGGAGAGGACUCGUAACAGCAAUCACCGUCCACUUGGAGCCUCUCAGCCUCGAAACGCCUUCACCCAAGGCAACAUGUUUCGCAUAUGUUCGGAAGUGGCAUUCCUUGCUUACAAGAAACCCCUUUAGCGUUGACCGGUCAUGCGGACCUCCCGCUAAUUCAGCGCAGUAUCUUCGCGCUCGCAUUACAAUCGCAUCGAUUACCGACAUCGAGGCCCAAACACCUUCCCAAAUAGAAGGGAACACACUAGAGGCUGAAAUGCCUUUCCAAAUUGAAGGGAACACACAAGUGACCUCUUUCUCGGGAGAACUCGGAUCUAUGCUUUCCAACAUGUAUAGGCUGCACUCUCGCCUUACCCCAUGUGCGGCACUCACAAUUAUGCCUCCCCGCGCUCCCAAACAAAAAGACCGAGGUUUGGCAGGUGGCGGAUCUCAUUCCACGAAACCCCCUGCUUCAAAGGCCAAAGAAAGGUCAAAGAAAAACAAAAAGCCGGAGCCAAAUCUCUCCAAAAAGGCCACCAACAGCGACGCUGACACGCAUCAAGUCCUCGAAUGCGUCUUGAUAUCGACCAACAAAUCCCGUGAUGACGCAGAAGCAUGGCUGAGGGCAGCAGCUGGCAAAAGAAGUGUCCAGGAUUCCGUCCCUGCUUUGCCUGACAACACGGAUGACAUUGUCACUAUGAUAUCUGCCACGGAGCCUGAUGCUCCAGUUCCACCAUCCAACUCCCUCUCCUCAGCCACUGCAGAAGGCAUGAAUGACGAAGACGAAGACCCUGGUCGCCCACAUCUGCCACCACACAUCGAAUUGAUAUCCCUCGGCCACUUUGACGACAUCAAGAUCGCUGCCUUGAAUGGCGCACUCAAAGGCAAUACUCGUUACCGAUUCGCCUUUACAGAAGGGGGUUAUCGCAGCUACCACGGACGUCGCCCCAAGAGAGGGGGCCGCUCUGCAGCGGACAAUCGGACGACCAUGUUGGACGAAGAAACAGGAUUUUGGGUCCCAAUCCCAGCGAAUUACACGGCCCCUCACACGCCAGAAGAUCUCAUUGAGGCAGAGAACGACAUACGCAUUCAGGAUCGUCGUUGCAUCGCAUAUGUCCACCCAGAGACUCGCAAAGCCUUCAAGGAACUCAAUGCCUCUCGUGAGCCCGGCGAUCCGGAGAUCCACCCUCUCCACGUUUAUGAUAUUUCAGAGGGGGAAGAGGCGGCCUACAAGUUCCGAAAGCCCUGGGAGGAGGGCCACAGCAGCUACCAAGGCUCCUUACCUCAAGAAGGUGCCCAAAAUGCUGCAGAUAGGCGUACGGAAAUGUGGGACAACGAAACACAGAUGUACCGCAUGCUCCCUGCGGGUUACACAGCCCCACACGACCCCCAGGACUAUGUUGACGCUGUCAACCAUGAACUGGCUCAAGCUGAGCAGCAUCGUCGCUCCACAAUUAUUCUUGCAUGUCGCCAACUUCGUCCACGUAAGGAAGAAGGGAAGAAGGAGAAAGUCACAGCAUUAGAGGACUGGGAAGCCCCAGAUCCCAUGAUCGAGAGCGACGUCACUGGGUCCGAUUAUGAAGAGGGACGGCGUGAGGAAGAAAAGAUGAGGGACUGGCAUAAAUCAAGGGGACAGUCGGUUACGGACACUGAAGAGGAUGACACGAAGAUUGACGAGGAAGAUGCCGAAGAAGAACCAGACUUGGAGCGCGAGGAGGAAGAAGCGCGUGAGGAGGAAGAACGGCGUUCCAAAGGCAAGAAACCUUUGGUUACGGACACCGAGGAGGAAGACAAACGUGACUUGGAGCGUGACGAGCAGGAAGAAGCGCGAUCCAAAGCCGCUCGCCUUUUGUUAUCGACAAUGAAAACAGAAGGGAAAGUACACACCUCAUCCGCCCACUGGAAGGACUUAACGGUGUCAUACACACCUUCCCAGUUGGACGCCGCAUCUGUCUUGAGCAGCUAUGGACUCACAUUGAUCCCCGACGCCCAGGUUUCUUCGACAAAGCCUUCACUCCUGGAAACGGCAUUGUAUCCGAUGUUCGGCCACGUCGUCUGGCAAGUCACUUCGCCAUGGAGAAAGCGGGUCUUCUGCACAAAGAGAAGCGAGCUCCAAACCGCUACAACCUGUUCAAAACUUUUGCUAGCAGGACGAAACCAGAGGAGGGAGAUCACGCUCUGGAACAGGGCCACGAAUGAGGAGUACAAUAAGCUUAUGGAAGGAGUGACAACAAAAGAAGAGAAAGAUGAACAGAUGCAGGAGGCCAUUAGUUUCAUCAAGAAUCAAGUCAACGAAGAAGGGACCAAUGUCCGUGACGCGAACCUUCGCUUCGCGUCUCACAUGAAGGAAAUUCGCGAUCUUAUCACCAAUAUCAAAUGUUGCGACAAAUCUUUCGACAUUGCUGGUAUCUUGGUCUACAGCGGCAGAAAUCUAACGGCGCGGAACAAGACGGCUUUUUUCAUGAGUUCCGAGGACCUUCACGCGCUCUGCACCCGUGAGGAGUGGCCAAUGGCCACCUUGACGGACAUCUUUGUUAGCAAAGUCCGUGCUAUGCAUGCGGACCAGCAAAUUAAGCAGUUGAUGGAGGAACUAAAUGUGACUCCCUCGACUACAGCUAGCUCCUCAACGGCUCGCGCCCGGACCAGCCUUGCAUCUGCUUUGAAGAAGGAGGCUUCUUCGGAUAAGGAUGUGCUACCUUACACGAAGGAAUAUGGGUGCUUGGCUGAAAAGGAUCGACGCACGUCGGCCCCUUGGACCACGUGGCCCAAUCUCGCCUACCAAUUCAAACUGGUUAUCACAGGUUGGGAUUCUGCUAUGGUCGACAUAGCCUUCUGCCCGGGAUUUGCACCUACCAAGAUCACAAGCUCUCAAUGGAAGCACCUAUCGACUCUGAUUGUAAAGAAGCUCUUGGUGGUGAAGCCCUGGUCUGACGAGCAAAGACUAAUCCCAGAGAGUGAAGCUUGCUUCGGCGAGAUCCCUGUCAUUAUUAACUCCGAAGGUCUUCCAAUGGUCUUCAUCAAAGACUCGACUAAAUGGGUCCGUCACAAUUGCUCUAUUUCGGCCCCAACGAAGAAGCACGAUCAGAAAGGUGAUACAUCUUCCCCUGUCAGUUCUUUCCCUUCGUCUCCGGUGUUGUCCACGAAGAAGCGAUCACAUGACACCGCCAUGGCCUCGCCUGAAGAAGAACUCAAGCACAAGUCCACAAGAAAGUACUGCCCUCUGCCGAAACAACCAGAAGUGGAACCUCCCACUAAACGCCAACGUCAUGUCUCCUUCACCUCCCUUCCCGAUAACAUGUUUUAUACCAAACUUCGACGAGCUGAACAUCCAAUCUCCUUCUUUGACCCACUCAAGAACCAGAAAACACCGGCUUCAUCGUCUCGUUCAGUCUCUCAACCCUUCGCUAGUUCUUCAGGUCACGUUGCCUCAUCAUCUCGAUCAGUAUCUCAGCCUUUUGCUAGUACUUCUGGCCAUGCUCGUGUUUCAGGCAAACAUGCUGGGCCAGGGAAGAACUCUCAAGAUUCAGUUGCUAACUAG